GUCACCGCUAGCAGGGCCCCGGCUGGCUUUCUCUCGUGCUAGGGCUGCACUGCUGACGUCACUGGGCCAGGCGAGCCGUGUCCCUGGUAGUCGCUACCAGGAGGUGUGUCGGGUUACAUUCCUCCAGAUCACGUGCUGUGCCCCGGGUUUAGAGCGGAGAUCGGGCCGGCCAGGUGAGUGAGGCGGCGGGGGGACUGGGAUUAUUUGUGUCUGAAUCCGCUAAAAUGGAGUCUGGCAGCAGCAGGGCAUGGCCACUGACAACAGGGAGCCUGGGUAAUGGAGAGUAAUGGGAGAUACAGGGCAGGAACUGGCAGGCCCUGGGUUAAUGGACGUGUAGUAUACAGAGGGGUUAUAGGGACAGCAUACAGAGGGUUAAUGGCUAUAGGAACUGUAUACAGAGGGUUAAUGGUUAUAGGGGAUAGUAUACAGAGGGUUAAUGGCUAUAGGGACAGUAUACAGAGGGUUAAUGAUUACAGGGACAGUAUACAGAGGGUUAAUGGUUAUAGGGACAGUAUAUAGAGGGUUAAUGGCUAUAGGGACAGUAUAUAGAGGGUUAAUGGCUAUAGGGACAGUAUAUAGAGGGUUAAUGGCUAUAGGGACAGUAUAUAGAGGGUUAAUGGUUAUAGGGGAUCGUAUACAGAGGGUUAAUGGUUAUAGGGACAGUAUACAGAGGGCUAAUGGUUAUAGGGGAUAGUAUACAGAGGACUAAUGGUUAUAGGGGAUAGUAUACAGAGGGUUAAUGAUUACAGGGACAGUAUACAGAGGGUUAAUGGCUAUAGGGACAGUAUUUAGAGGGUUAAUGGCUAUAGGGACAGUAUACAGAGGGUUAAUGGUUAUAGGGACAGUAUACAGAGGGUUAAUGAUUAUAGGGACAUUAUACAGAGGGUUAAUGAUUAUAGGGACAUUAUACAGAGGGUUAAUGGUUAUAGGGACAGUAUACAGAGGGCUAAUGGUUAUAGGGGAUCGUAUACAGAGGGUUAAUGGUUAUAGGGACAGUGUACAGAGGGUUAAUGGAUGUGUAGUAUACAGAGGGUUAAUGGUUAUAGGGACAGUAUACAGAGGGAUAAUGGUUAUAGGGACAGUAUACAGAGGGUUAAUGAUUAUAGGGGACAGUAUACAAAGUUAAUGGUUAUAGGGGACAGAUUACAGAGGGUUAAUAGUGAUAGGGGAUAGUAUACAGAGUUAAUGGCGAUAGGGGACAAAAUACAGAGGGUUAAUGGGGAUAGGGAACAGUAUACAGAGGAUUAAUGGGGAUAGGGGACAGCAUACAGAGGGUUAAUGGGGAUAGAGGACAGCAUACCGAGGGUUAAUAGGGGUAGGGGACAGCAUACAGAGGGUUAAUGGGGAUAGGGGACAGUAUACAGAGGGUUAAUGGGGAUAGGGGACAGUAUACAGAGGGUUAAUGGGGAUAGGGGACAGCAUACAGAGGGUUAAUAGGGGUAGGGGACAGCAUACAGAGGGUUAAUGGGGAUAGGGGACAGUAUACAGAGGGUUAAUGGGGAUAGGGUACAGUAUACAGAGGGUUAAUGGGAAUAGAGGACAGUAAACAGGCGUAUUAGUUAUGGGGUAUAUUAUGCAGAGGCUACUGGUGAUGUGGGAUAGUAUGUAGUGGGUUAAUGGAUAGUAUUGCUAGGGUACCGUAUAAAAGGGUUAAUGGUGAAACUAGAUUAUGGCGUAAUGGUGCCAGUGAGCAGCAUGCAGAGGGUUAAUGUACAGAGAGCAGUAUGAAGGGGGUUAAUGGUGACUGCAGUAUGCAGGGAUUCAAUAGUACCAGUGAGCAGCUUGCGGGGUAGACAGGGUGCAGUAUGCAGGGGGUUAAUGAUAACAGGGUGCAGUAUGCAGGGGGUUAAUUAUGUCUGGGUUAAGCAUGCAUGGGGUGGAUUAAUGUCUGGGUUAAACAUGCAUGGGGUAAAUAAUGUCAGAGUGCUCUAUGCAGAGGGUUAAUGGUGACAGUGAAGUGUGCAGGGAAUUUAGUGAUGAGUGCAGUAUGCUUGGGGAUAAUGGUGACAUUGGAGUAUGUAGGUGGCUAAUGAUGACAGUAUUCAGUAUGCAGGAAUUUAAUGACUUGGAUGGCUGAUAAUGGCAAGAUUCAAUAUAUAGGGGAUUAAUGACAGUGUUCAGCAUGUAAGGGGUUAAUGAUGGGGGAGGGUAAUAGUGACUGGGUGUACUAAGCAGAGGGACGGUAUACAAAGGGUUAUUUAAGAUUGAGAUCAGCAUUAUGCGGGUUAUUGGUGCUGUACUGCCGCAUAAUUUGUGUAAUGAUCUCUGGAUGCAUUAUGCAUAGGGUUAAAUGUUUCAGGGCACAACAUGAGCUGAGAGAUUGCAGCAGAUAUUUAUGGAAGAGUUGUUUAUGACUGAUCCUGUUUGUACCACAUUGCCCCUGAGAGAGGUAUAUGGUGUACCCUCCUCAGUAAGAAAUCUAAAAGAUUUCUUCAAGUUAUUGACUGGGUUUUUCACUCUUUUGGUGGGUAUUCCUAUGUAAAUGUCAGUAGUUGCUGUAUUUAUCAAUGUGUUUUUAUGUUGUUAUUGGCACAGUGAGGCAUAGGUGGCACUCUCUUUCAAACAACAUUUUUGAAUGUCACAUGUGAACAUGGUUUAUUUAUUUCCUAAACAGAAAAUUGAGAUUUACCCAGUUGCAUCAUAAUUAGACCACAGAUAAAUUUGGUUUGGCCUAAUCAGUUUGGGCAAAACAAAAAUUAGUUUGACAUUUCGUCGACUCAGCAGUUCAGCUUGUCUGAAUAUAGUCCGUGCAGAUAAUUUGAGAAAACCUAUUCGGAUAAACCAAAGGGCUGUGAAAAAUGUACUUAUCACUGUACUACAAUAUAUAAUAUUUGUAUGUAUGCAUAUAUAUAUUUUGCACUAUUAUGAUAGGCCCUUUUUUGCGCCCUUUUAAUGAAGUUGUUUGGUUGGAAUUAUUUUUCCAUUCACAUUUGGUCCACAAUCAAUAUUUGUGAUUUUUAGCAUUAUUAGUUAUUUUUGUGCCUUUAUUGCAUAUUUUAAGUGUUCAGUCCAGCUGACCAUGUUGGUUUUUACUUUAUUAUCUUCUUUUCUUUAUAUAUUUUAACUAUUUGAUUUUAGUUGCUGCCCUCUAAGCAUCAGUCUAUUUGUUAUUUAUUUAUUUUUGACACCUUGGACGAAACAUCAAAUCAAGUAGCAAAUGACCAUAUUCGCCAUCUCUCUCUCUCUCGUUUUUUGUGAUACGUCCAUAGCAUGCUAUGGUUUUAGGGAAUUUGGAAAACCUACUGGUCACCCAAAAUUUGAACAAAUUGCAAUUUGUUUGAAACCGAAUGCACAAGUCUAAUCCUAAUGUUACACCACUAUCGUGGAUUUCUUUUUUUUUUUUUAUGUGUAUAUUCCUGUAAAACUACCCUUGCUUUAAGGAUUUGUAAAACCAAAGGUUGCCAUGAGGUCUGAGAUUUUUAGUUGAACAAAAAUCAGGUUUUUGUUUGACUUCGUAAUAGCUUCCAAAUUAUUUGUGGUAGUGGCCACCUAGCCCUAUGAGGCUCUUGUGUGACAAUUAAAGAAUUUUGUGGAAUAUACAAGUAUGUUAUGAAUAAAUUUUUCAGUAGGUUUAAAGUGACACUGUGGGCACUAUAACCUUAUCAUGUCAUUGAAUUGUUUACAGUUCCUCGAGUCCUCUGGCAUUGUUCCUCCAUUCAAUGUUAAACCAUUUUUGAGCAAUUUAAUACUGAAUGAGGAUCCCUAGCCACCCAUAGUCCAACCUCUACUGGAGGCAUGGCUAAGGCAGAAAUUACACACUUUCUUCUAGCAAUACCGAUUCAUAACAGCAAUGGCCAUUGUGAUAGGCUGAAAGUUAUCCGUUUACACUUUCAGCCAAUCACAGCUGUUUGUUGCUGCACAGGCUACUGUUUCCACAUGAGCCUGAACAGCACAAAUGGGAUGAUUGCCGGUUGGGAACUUUUGUAUAGCAUUAAAAUACUAGCAAACUAUUUAAUACUGAGUGGAAGGAUGGCGCUAUUAGUCGAAGCACUCAAUCUACAGAUGAAAAUGGCAUGUAGUAUGCAACCACCACGGACAAAUCCCACAUUAUUCCAGCCAUGGUAUUUUCCGAGAGCAGCCUUUGUGUCAUGUGAUAAUGUCAAGACGAAAAUACUGUAGUUACAGUGCCAUCGAAAAUGGAAUCACGUGCAUGAUUAUGUUUUUAGCAGUCUUUAGUAUGACCUAAAAAUCUUCUUGAAAUAGACAAUAAAGGCGCUCAGUGCUCUUUCUCCAUAUUUUGCCAUGGCCACGAUAAUAUAUAUAUAUAUAUAUAUAUAUAUAACACAGCCAACCCCCCCUUGUUUCAUAUGUGUGUGUAUAUAUAUAUAUGCAAACCUUAUAGAGUUACAAUCAGAUAUGCUCAAGAAAUUCUUCUAUUCUAUCUUUUGCUGGUAAACAGGCAUACAAACUGGUAGGCUGCUAAACUGCUCAAAUGAGACUAGUCUUUGUAAAACAGUCUGUCAGUUUGCAAAUUAAAAUGAAUUCACAAGAAAACACAUGGAAAGCUAUGCACCAAGGCCAUUGAUGUACUCACGUUUAUUUUUUUUACAGAACUCUUUUUGUUUUAACUUCUUUUUUUCUAAAAGAAGAAAUUACAUUGUUGCUAUUAAAUGCCAAUUAUUAGCACUUUACUUAUUUAUGACUUCAAGUGUUGUGCUACAAAAACAUGAGGUUUUUUUUUUUUACUUUGUGUGUGGCAUAUAAGGUUUUUACAUUGUGGAUGAUACAAGCUUACUUACUAGCAACAAUUGCUGCAAAAUGAUUUCCUCUGAAGUAAAAAAAAAAACAAAAAACAAAAAAACCAACCCUCUAAAUCAGUACUUAAAUCCCUGCUUACACCACUAACCCCAGGUAUCAAUUGAUAUCUGGGGCUCCUGUUUGUCAGCCAUGUUUUAGUGUUCCCAGACAUCAGCGCUGCACAGAGCCUUUUAAACUCUAUUUUUUUUUUCUGGGCUGCAGACUGCUUUCGGGAGAGCCUCCAAAGUCUGAAUAGACCCUGGCAGGGACACCAAGCCUGUCCCCGCUCAGUAUAUUCUGCUAAGAACCAGGCUUCAUUCAUUACACUAAUUGUAAUUCUGAAAAAGGCCAGCAUAUGGUGAUCGCAGACCACUAUCAUCUUUGCUAAAUAGUAAAACCCUUUUCUAAUAUCAGAAUUGAUAUUGGCAGUGAGUUACCUUAGUGUUAUGGUAGGGUUUGGGUUACAUUCAGGGAUUGGAUAGGGUUAAGGUUAGUGUAAGGUAAGGGUUAAUGUUGUUUUAAGGUUAUGGAAAGUGUUGGGCUAAGAUUAGAGUUGAAAUACUAUGGGGUGUAAGCAUUGGGGAAGAAGUAUGGUUGGUAUAGGGUUUGCGUUAAUUAUCGAAAAUGUAUUUCGAUCCUAGACAUUAGCUCUUUAAUAAUCAGGAUAUAUUAAUCUGUUUUGAGUCUUUUUAAUUAGUUGCACUGGAUGUGUAAAAAUUAUUAUAAGAGAAAAAUGUUUUCUUUUUGGGUGGUUUUACAUUUUUCCAAUUUUUAAAAUUUUAUUGACAUGUAAUGUAUGGUGUAUAUGUGUAGAAUAUUAAAUGAAAGCCCUUUUUGUCUUUUAAAAAUAUGUAAUAUGCAUGGGGACAAGAUACCCUUAAAUUGAAACAAACACAUAGUGCAUGUUCAAGGUUUUGUUUUUGGUUCAGAACGUGGACAAUUGCUUCCGUCCUUAAGGGGUUAACAAUCGGCCAACUAUAUUUCUAAAAUGGUGGAAAUUCUGCUAAGGAUGUUUCUGCUCCUGUCCACCUUAUAUUGAAAAGUAAAAUCAUCAAUAACCUAUUGGGGAACAAAUCAAACAACCCAUAAGUAAAAGGAGUGCAGAUGAACAGGAGAGAAAACUAGUGCCAUUAGUCCAAUUAUAGCUUGAGAGACACAAGUCAAAAUCGAGCAAGCAGCUUCUAAAUCAUUCUGACUGUCACACGUUCUGCCUUACACAAGUUUCACAAUAUGUACACUAGUGUAUUAGGGGAAAAAAUGUUUUCAUUUUUACUUUUUUGAAAAAAUUUUUUAUUUCCUGUGCUCUUUGUUUUCCUUCCCUUUCGGUUUGAUUUAUUAUACUGGGUGAUAUCUAGUGUUCAAUACAUAUACGGGUAUGUGCUUUUGAGUAUACUAUAGCACUGCUACAAUAUAUUCUAAGUUUAUCUAACAACAUUGCUGCUAUUUUGCUAUUGAUUUAGAGUUAUUUAACUUCAGAGGGAAUCUUUUUGCAACAAUGGUUGCUAAUAAGUAACCUCAUUUAUAGAUUUACUGAGUGCAGUUUUUUUUUUGUUUGUUUUUUAUACAUACUUCCUGUGUAACUCUGUUUUUCAUAAUUUGUUUUCAUUGGGUUAAAAAUGUCGUUUUUUUUUAAUUUUUUUAUUCUUGAGCAUUAAAAGUUACAUUUGUACAGAUUUUCUUUUUUUUUUUUAAUAUUUUUUUUUAUCCUGUUAAAAUCUCAACUUAUUCAUAUCUGCAAGUUAAAGGGUAUCCCACAUAUAUACCUAUUGAGUUUACAAGAUUCAUCUGAGAGAACUUUACACUGCUAUUGUGUAAUUUUCAUGUUUGCAGUCUUCAGGCUCCAUAAGAUCUUCUGUAAAAUUGGGGACCUGCAUAUUCUUCAUUGCCCUCACACAUUUGAUAUUUGUGGCUUUGACACAUUUUUCUGUUAAUCUGCUUUGACUUGCCUUGUUAGUCCCGCAAUUUAGAUUUUAUUUUCCUUAUCUUAUUAGUCCUAAUUGUUAAAAUAUCAUCAACGUCUAGGAGUUCAGUCACUUUUUGGAAGCUAUAGAACAAUAUUUCAAACUAAACCAUGCAAACUUUGGUCUGCUAAGUCUCCAAUUUGAAUAGCAGUCACAUUUUCCAAACCACUGUGGGAAAGUAUAUAUAAUUUUUAAAAUAGAAGCUAUUUUUUUUUUUUUUUUUUGGUAAUUUAAUUUUAAUGUAAUUAACCAUUUUCACCCUUUUCAUUUAAACAUUUUACCACCCCUUACCAGAUCUGCUAAUUAUAUUUAAAUUGCUUGUAUUUUUUAUAAAAGUAAAAACAAAUUAUGGGGAAUUUCACAGACUGUGUGACACACUACUGUAAAAUCCAAAAAUGUGUGUUCUGCAACUGCGUCUGAGUACAGCAAUAUCCCUUGAAGACCUCUGCUAGAUGUUUGAGAAUGUAUAAAAGUACAUUAUAUUCUGGGGUUGCUGCUUAUCUAAACUCUGAAAUAAAAAUAAGACAUGGCUUAAUACUGUUUUAAAGCUGAUAUUGAUUACACUUUCAGGAAUGUUUGAAUAUAUAGGUCUCACUGGUGCCUCCCCUCGAUGUAGAUGGGGCCUUUGAUGUUCACUUUUCCCAUUUUUGUUCUCUUUAGCUUUCUCCUCGCGCCAUGGGGAAGUACUUUACUCCACUUUAAAACAAGUGUCAGGUUGUAGAAAAUAUAAAAUUAUUUAUUUAAAUGAAAUAAAAUAUAACAAAAACACAAUAUGGUCCUAUGCAUUUUGUAUAUUGAAAUCUACAUCCUCAGGAACCUUGCUAUAAAGCAUGACAAAACAAAGCUACAAUAACUCCUCUCUCCCCUGUGCCCACAUAAAUUGUGGUAAUGUGCUUCUUCAUUGGUGGAUCCGUGGGUGUGCACCUUCUUAACCAGCUACAUCCACGCCAAUUAAUCGUCCUUUCCCUGAUUGUGGUUCCACUUCAGCUGCUGAUUGCUAAUUCACAUCUUUUUUUCCGGUUUCUCUAGUCACAUGUACUUGCAUAGCUACAUAGCUGAAAAUAUAUAAAGUUCAUACAUGAAACAUAAAGUUCAAUCUUUCUCACAUCUGUUUUUGCUGUUGAUCCAAAAGAAGGCAAAAGAAUGAGUUUGAAGCACUUACGAUUGUGCAACAAACUAGGAAAACGUCUUUUUUGACCCCAGAAUGGAAGUCAGAUCUCUUCUUUGCAAAAACCCAAUACAAAAUUGAUAAACCGCGCCAAAAUAUAUCUUUAACUCACAAGUGUUAUCUUUUUAACCCUUCCUGACCAAGGACGUAUCUGGUGCGUCCGACAAAAAAUGGUCCUUAAGGACCACGGAUGUACCUGAUACGUCCGUGGCUAAUUAGAGUGCUGGAAGUGAUCAUGAUCGCUUCCAGCCGCUCUAGCAGUAUUGCAGCAUUGCCUCGAUGUUGCUCCACCUGGAUUGCUUUUUUUCACACACAAACGGCACUUUCACUGAGGAUAUCAUUGUUGUGAUACGUUUUACUGUUUUUAAAACACUAAUAUUUGUGUUCAGCAAAGUCUCCCAAGUAUAACAGUACCCCCCAUGUAUAGGUUUUAUAUUGAAUGUUACAGGAUUAAAUAUAAGGCUUGAUUUUCACAUUGAAAUUUGCCAGGUUGGUUAUGUUGCCUUUGAGAGCGUAUGGUAGCCCAGGAAUGAGAAUUACCCCCAUAAUGGCAUACUAUUUGCAAAAGUAGACAACCCAAGGUAUUGCAAGUGGGGUAUGUUCAGUCUUUUUUAGUAGUCACUUAGUCACAAACACUGACCAAAUUUAGCAUUCAUAAUUUGUUUUUUUGCGUUUAACACACAAACAAAUAUAAAUGCUAACUUUUGCUAGUGUUUGUGAGUAUGUGGCUACUAAAAAAGACUGGAUACGGUCACGUAUUCAUCCGCUUAUAAAAAUGUGGUUAAUGACAUUUACUGUCAACACAGGAAAAGUUGUGCCGAGCAGCAACCAAAUCCACAGAAGGGUUAAUGCUGAGCAGCAAUUAUGCAAAAUGGAACCUGGUAACUGCCUUUGGGGUCAGCCUAUCAGAUCUAGAGGAGGGGUAUUUAGGCCCAGUUCUCAUCCUGCUCAAUCCUGUUGCGUACUCUCUGACCCUUCCGGCCUCCUUGAAAAUUCCUAAUACCUUUAAUGUGUCCUUGAUAUGUCCUUGCUCAAUCCUAUCGUUGUGUCUCUUUCUAUUUCCCUUGACCACGGCUAUUCCUGACUAUUCUUUGGUACGUUAGUCCGGCCAUUCUAAGGUCCGGUACACGUUACCUAUCAGUCCUCUGUGUUACACAAUUCUACGUGCGGGAUCAUUCUGUAAUCCUGACAGAUAUAUGCCAUAUUGAGUACCCUGGGUUGUUUACUUUUCAAAAAUAUAUGGUUUGAUGGGGGUAAAUUACAUUGGCCAGCUUCAAAAAUGUCCCAAAAAGGACAUGAGUGCAUGAUGACCAACUGUGAAAAUUUCAAGUUGGAAAACUGGAAUGCGCACCAUCCAAAUAAGGUCUUUUAGCCCACAGAGAACCCGACACACCUAUACAUGGGUGGGAUCCUUGUACUCAGGAAAUGUUGCUGAACACAUAUUUGGGUGUUCUUUGGCAGUAACCCUUAAAGUUCUCAGUACAUGUAUUCUUAAAUUGUUACGUGUGUCAAAAAAAUCACCUAUUAUAAUUAUUCUUUUUUUAAUUUGGCAUAGAUUGGUGGUAAAAUGGUUGCAUGAAAAGAGUCAAAAUACCCCAGGUUUAAUACAUUAGGUUGUCUUCUUUUAAAAAAAAAAAAAAAUAUAUAUAUACAUGUGAAGGGUUUUUCAGGGAUUCCUGACAUAUCAGUAUUACAAUGCAACUUGGUUUGGAAAUAGCAAAAUUCUACAUGUACUUAUUACCCUAUCAUUUUUUUUUUCAUUAUAUUUUAUAAAAAAAAUGAUAGUAAAUUAUCUAAUAUGAUGAAAAUAAUGGUAUCUUUAGAAAGACCAUUUAAUGGCGAGAAAAACGGUAUAUAAUGUGUGGGUACAGUAAAUGAGUAAGAGGAAAAUUAUAGCUAAACACAAACACCGCAGAAAUGUAAAAACAGCUCUAGUCCUUAAUGGUAAGAAAACUGAAAAGCGGUCUGGUCACUAAGGGGUUAAUGGAGUAGUUUCUUCUAAACAUGCAUAUGUCAGAGGAAGUCUUCCGUAAUAGUGCUGAAUAUGUCAAAACCAAACAAAAUAAAUAUACAGUGGUGUAAAAUGUAUUUUAAAUAUUAUAAACCGCAAAACACAUAAUGAAGGCACACACACUACAAAGAGCUCUUUAAAGAGAGGGGAGAGGUUCACCAACUAAGCAGUCUGCACUCAGCAGGUCAGGGCAAAUCCUGCUUGUUAGCCAUAUUGGUUGUGGGCAUACAUAGCGGAAAAAUAGAAAUAUCCGUAAAUAAUAGGUCUGUACACAUUAAUAUACAUUCAAUGCUGGUAAUAUUAAAAUACAUUAAGAUGCCACGAUAUUUGUAAUAAUCAUAUAUAUUAAACAAUAGUAUUGUAUUAGGAUCUAGUGUAAUAUUAAAAUAAGCAAUAUGAUUACAUUGUGCAAUAUAUAGCAUGUAAACCAUCAAAACAUAUAUCAGGAGUAUGGACCUAAUGUUAUUGCAAUCUAGUAUACUAUUUAAUCAAGAAACUAUUACCCCAUUAAUGAAGAAAAAUUAUAACCCUGAAUAUUAUGUUUUUGCAAGUAUUCACCCAAUUGCUGUUUAAACAUAUUUGUAGCUCUGAUAAAACCACCUCUUGAGGCAGAGAUUUCCACAUCUUUAUUGUUCUUACUGUAAAAAUCCAUUUCCUUUGUCUUAGCCUAAAUCUCCUUUCUUCCAGUCUAAAUGCGUGACCUUGUGUCCUAUGUAUUGUCCUGUUUAUAGAAUAGAUUUUCAGACAAUGGUUUGUAUUUUCCUUAAAUAUAUAUUAUAAUGUUAUCAAAUCCUCUUCAAACAUUUGUUAACCUUUCUUCAUAACUAAAAUGUUCCUUUUUUUUUUAAUUUUGUAGCCUGCCUCUGCACUUUUUCUAGUCCCAUAAUAUCCUUUAGAAUAGGUGGCCACAAUUGCACAGCAUAUGCAAGGUUUGGUCUUACCAGUGAUUUAUAAAGAGGCACAAUUAUAUUUUCAUCUUGAAAAUGAGUGCCUCUGUUUAUACAUGACCAUACCUUACUGGCCUUAGCAAUUGUCAACUGACAUUGCACAUUGUUUCCUAGUUUAUUUUCUUAACUCCCAAAUCCUCCAUGUGCAUGGAACAAUUGUAGCUCCACCCAGCUACUUUACGUUUGUUCUGCUAGUUUGCCUCUGAUACACCUUAGAUAAGGAUGCAUUUGUCCUGGUAUAUUUUCUUUAAGAUUACAAUCUGUUUAGCUGCUAACCUCCAGAAACACUUAAUAAUCAUGUUUUUAGUCACAUAGAAGUAUAUUAGUAAAUAGCCAUUAGGAUAUGUAUUAUUAAUCCCUUAAGGACGGAGCCAAUUGUGCACGUUUUGAUCACAACAACUCUUAGCAACAACUCAGCCAGUGAUGACAUUAUCGCUUCCUUUAAUCGUUUGACUAAUUUGUUCAAACAACAAAUCAAAACUGGGCGGGAAAUAGCCUCACUAGAAAAUUACCUCAAAAAAGAUUUGAUACCUAGAGGCCUCAGAGUACAAAACAUCCCAGCAACACAUAUCAAGGAGGAAGAAUUUAUUAAAGAAUGGGACGAAGCAGCAGGAAACAUAGAAACCUAGACUGUGACGGCAGAUAAGAACCAUUCGGCCCAUCUAAUCUGCCCAAUUUUCUAAACUGCUCUAAAAGAUUUAUGGAGAUUCUAUGUAAAUUUGAAUCUAAGAGUUUGAAAAAAAAAAAGAGGUUGAUGACCAGAUUAGUCAAAUUGAAAAAUUUAAGAACUAAUCCAAUUUCGAUCCAUUAGAAACUAAACUAAAGAACAAUCUAGAUAAGUUCCAAUAUAAUAUCAAAAUAUGUAAACAUUCAAAAUUUAUAAGAGAUAGUAAAGACUUCAAGAGUGGUAACAUAUAUACAGGAGAUAUAAGAGAAAAAGGAAAAGUUUCUCUGAACCACUCUCGACGUCUGAAUAUGAGACGAAUGGCUCAGAAUCUGACUCAAACAGGGAAGGCACGUCCUAUAUCCCUGAACGAAAUACUAAACGUAUUCUCAAAAGAGGGGUGUCUUUUUUUAGGACAACCAAACAUGGAAGACAGUGCACUCCUUCCCCCAUACCCCCUAGACAAGGAGUCGCUCUCGACCUCCACCACAAUACAGGAGGAAAAGAUAUCAACCUCUCUUCCCAUACCCUCACUACAUCUGAAAUACAAGUACUACAGAGAGGUCUGUCCUUCAUCCCCACAUCUGAGUUUGAUAAAUUCAGUUAGACAAAGGACAUACAUCUUUUUGCGAGGAAACUUGUCCUCCAUAAAUUUCACCGCAUUAGGGAGGAGAAGAGAGCCAAAAACCAAGGAUUACAAACAUCUAAUAUAAUUCUAUUGGAUACACUGGUUGAUCUUCUGUCCAGCAAUGACAUGCCUGAGCACCCUCAACCCCCUUUCACACAGCUCAAGAAAAAGAGUGAAUUCAACCCACAUCUUGUAGAAUUUAAAUACAUAGAUCAAUUUGUUGAGCUAACAUGUAGUGAAAUUUAAAAAUUAAACAAACAAGACCUUCUGACCCAACCGUGCAGUAAUAUUACACCUCGAGAACAGACCUCGCUUAAACAACUGAGGGGGAUGGAUGACAUCAUCGUUAAACCUUCUGACAAAGGUGGCAAUGUUGUAGUUAUGGAUAAGACAGAGUACAUAUCCAUGGUACAAUGACUCAUAGAGGAUGAGGAUACAUAUGAAGUGCUAAAGGGAGAUUUCACUAGAAAGUACUUGUCGGAAUUGAAAUACAUCUUCGAUGAAGCAUUUUCUCUAUCACUAAUCUCUAAAGAUGAACAGAAUUUUAUAUUCAUAAAAAGCCCCAUGACUGCUACAUUCUACUCACUACCAAAAGUACAUAAGCAACAGCCUGUACUUACUGGUAGACCAAUUGUUUUGGGAAGAUCUAAUCUGACUCAGAACAGAAGUGUCUACAUAGAUCAGAUUUUGAGAAAAACGGUCAUGGGACUUCCUUCAUAUCUUAGAGACACAAAACAUACUUUGAAUACCUUAGAUGGGAUACAUUUCCCCAACAAUUCGAUUCUAUGUAGUCUGGAUGUAAAGAGCCUAUAUAGUUCAAUACCAUAUCAAGUAAGUCUCGAACAUCUGAAAGCCUUUUUAACCCCUUAAGGACACAUGACGUGUGACAUGUCAUGAUUCCCUUUUAUUCCAGAAGUUUGGUCCUUAAGGGGUUAAGUACACAACCGACAGUAUCCUUUAGACACAACCAAUUUGUACAGGAUUUGAUGCAUUUUAUCCUUACUCAUAAUUUUCAUUUAUCAAAGGAAGUACUAUGACUAGGUGACAGGGACGGCUAUGGGGACGGCUUGUGCCCCCUCAUAUGCCAACCUCCAAAUGGCCUGGUGGGAAAAGGUCACGGUUUUUGGGACCAAUCUUGCGAGUUAUACCAGACAAACUAUGGAAAAGAUACAUUGAUGACAUCUUGAUAGUUUGGACAGACACUGUGGAACUUUUUAGAGAGUUUGUGGAGGUACUCAAUCACAACAACAUAAACUUUAGAUUGACCUUUGAAAUAGGUGGGAAGUAGCUAAAUUAUAUUGACAUCACUAUUAUGAUCACUGACGAGGGAUGCAUUUCAUCCACACUAUUUAGGAAACCCACAGCAACCAACAACUUUCUUAAUCAUCCACCAGCCCUUAAGAAAGGUAUACCAGUGGGACAGUAUUUGCGCCUUCGACGCAAUUGUUCCACACUUGAUUUUAAACAGAAAGCGAAGGUACUCAAGGAGCUGUUUAGAAGUAAGGGGUAUCCAAAAGAUGCCGCAAGGUGGUGUAUAAACGUGCACUUAUAUCAGACCGGAAAGAGCUUCUUAUGGAAAAGACACCUAGCAAACCUACAUCAGAGACUAUUAGAUGUAUAGGGAACUUUGAUGCUGGUUGACAUCCUAUUAUGAAGAUUACAGGAAGAUUCUGGCUCUUGUUACAUCAGGACCCACAUAUACAUCAAGUAAUAACUCCCCAUGUCUCAGUAACAGCAAGAAGGGGUAGAAACAUAAAGGACAUUCUUGUCCCAAGUCACCUAGAUACUACCCCUACUAGAUCUACUUGGCUCAAAUCUCCUGUAGUAGGCACCUACCAAUGCGCUCUACCAAUGCGCUCUACCAAUGCGCUAGAUGCAAAGCUUGUAAGUUUAUACUAUGACUAUCCAAAACCUUCACGGACUCAGAAAAUAACCAUGAAUUCAGUACUAAAACUUUCUUUAAUUGCCAAUCCAAGGGUUUGGUAUACCUGCUCACUUGCUCAUGUAAAAAAAUUAUACGUUGGCAAGACAUCCCGAAACUUUAAACUUAGAAUCUGGUAACAUGUGAACUCAAUAAACCCAAAGAGACUGAUCGAUACCCCUAUCUCAAAGCACCUGAAGUUACAUCAUGGAGGCUCAUCAGAAGGGAUUAGGUUCUCAGGUAUUGAAAAAGUAAUACUUGGCCCUAGAGGUGGUGACCUGGAUAAGAAACUCCUACUAAGGGAAAGUUUCUGGAUAUACAAGCAUAAAACCUUGUCACCACUAGGACUCAAUAAGGGCUUCUCAUACAUAUCGUUUAUCUCUGAAUAAGUGACCUGUAUUAUCCCCUAUGGCCGAUUCUGUUGUACAUAAUGUAUAUAGUAGUCUUAGUUUUUAGUUUAUUGCAUUAUAGUUAGAAAAUAUUUGUAGAUACCCAUAUGUAUCAUCACCAAUUAAUAAAUAUUUUGGAGGUCAAUGAGACGUUUGCCCUCCGAUGUACUAUUGGAUACAUUGUAGUUCUGGAUCCAUAUGGCUAUCCUUUCUACUGUCCCUUUUAAUGUAUGUUUCAGUUUGCCUAUACACCACAACUACUUUCCGGCAUUACACACAUGGACCUGACACCCAGUAUCCAUGUAGACCAAGGGACACUGUUUUCUAACCUUUCUGAUAUGCUCUAUGUCAUCCGUCAACAUAGCUUGGAUGUGGGUACCAUAUGGAAAAGCUUUUAUGUGUUUGUAUAUGGCCACUAUACUAAGUAUUUUCCUGGGCUUUUCAUAUGUUUAUUUGAUUUAUUUUAUUUAAUGUAGUUGUUAGACUUUUCUACAAGAUAAGAUGCUCGUCGGAUUAAUGUUUGAAAUACCUCCAUCCCAAACACGUUAUCAUAUAGUGUGUGUAUGAAUAUAUGGUAUAACAUUCAGGCAUCAUAGAUUUCUACCAUUUUGGCUGCUAUAUGUGGAUUGGAAAUGAUGGGAGUUGGACUCCGUAUCCAUAAGCCCCGCCCUCCUGCGGCUGCGUAAUUGGUGGCUCUCUUUGAUGGACAGGCAUUCUUACUCCAGGAGAUUCAUGCUCCACCUCCUGCCCCUUUAUUGGAGGCUUCCUAUGGGGUUGAAUAAACCAUUAUUUUCGUACCACGGCUGCGCAAGUUGAUCCCUGAGAUUCAUACUCCGCCUCCUGACUUCAUACUGGAGGUUUAUACGGAGUUGACUGAAUCACUAUGAGCAAACCACGUCUUUCUUACCAUCUGCCAUAACCAAUGGCAAUCCUUUGUCUGAAAUUACGUCUCUUAGCACCUGGGAUGAAUUGGAAGGUAAUUCACCGUAAUACCCUCUAUGGGUUAUCCGGCUAGGUGAUUGGUGGUUCAGUCAUGAAUGCAUUUGGGACUUCCUUUUAUAUAAUAGGGAUCUUGGCCAUUACACCACUUGCCCCUGAUGAAGGUGCAGUUAGCAUUGCACCGAAAUGCGUGUCAGGCAUUAUUCUCCGUUGAUUAUGGGCACUGGGCACAGCACUUUAGAUUUUUAAGCAUAUUUGUUUUAUAAGUAUGUUAUACAUUUUCUUUCAUUACUUGUUGCUUCUACGCCUAUCUAGCUAGUUUUUAAGGGAGAGAGGCUUUUUAACUUAAUCAUUGCCAGUUCAUUUUGUAUGGCAUUAGACCUCUUGUUACUAUCUUCCUCUCUACCUCAUACUUUGCUAGUACCUGUCCCCCAGGUUUAUUCUAAAGAUAUAGGCAUAUAUCUCUUCUAUUUGAGCUAUAUGAUAAUAUACCUUUUUUAUUGUAUUUUUACAUAUUUUUAGAACUAUGGUAAGGCUUAAUUAUCCUGUCUCCCUUUUAGGGAUCAAAAGACUUUACCUUCCCCUCUUGGAUAGGACAGAUAUCUAUACUUAUAGUACCACUUACCAUACAGGUUAUAUCAUCUACCGGGAUAGACUUGUUUUUUUAUGUAGCAGACUCUAUAUAACUAAGGAUCUAGCAGAGUUCCUACUUUGAGAGCUAAUUUUAUCAAUUUAUCUUAACUCUGUUUUGACAUAGACAUUUUGAGCUGCUACAUAUCUGUAGACGUGGGAGCAUACCUUACUAGGUUGUCAUUUAUUUGCUUUUUUUUUUUUUUGGUGUAUAUUAUUUUAAGUCAAGACAUUUUAUCUCACUGCAGUACUUCUGUCAUUAUUAUACUUUACCAAUAUGACUACUUUUAUAUCCAAGUGAUAGUGAUUUUCACCCUGUUUUUUGGUGAGAAUCCCUGUACAUAUUAUUUCUUUGUUAAAAUCAAAACAAAUCCUGGAAUUAGCACUUUGUUUGUUCAACCAUCAUUUACCUCUUUCAUAUUAUGUGCACUCACACUUAUUAGAUAUCAUUUUGUUCAGAAGAAACAGGGCUUUCAUUUCAAAUCAAAUAUUCAAAUAUGAAACAAUGUAAUAUGAAUAAAAUAAAAAAGUGUGAGAAAUUAAGAAAUUGUGUUACUUACAUUUUAACUGUGAAUGUCAUAAUACUGUUGGCAUUUCCUACAAUAAAACGCACAUAUUUGUCAAAUACAAGACUUGCCAAUUUCCUUUUUUGCCAUUUGAAAUUUGCCAGAUUUGUUAUCUUGCCUUAGAAACUGUAUGGCAGCCCAGGAAUAAGAAUUACCCCCAUCAUGGUAGGCAACCCAGGGUAUUCAAAAUGGGGUAUGUUCAGUCUUUGUAAGUAGCCACCUAGUCACGAACCCUGGCCAAAGUUAGCGUUCAUUUGGUUUUUAUUGCAUUUUUUUUUUUUUUUUACAGAAAAGCUGCAAUUUCACUGAUGAUCUCAUCGUCAUGAUAUGCUUUCAUCUUUUUAAAACAUUUGCGUUCAGCAAAAUCUUCCAAGUAAAACUGUACCCCCAAUGUACAGGUUUUAAUGUGUUUUGGAAAGUUACAAGGUUAAAUAUAGGGCUUGCCAAUUAAAUUAUAGGGCUUGCAGAUUCCUCAAAUUGUAAUUAAUAAAAUCAAUUAAUUAUGUAAAAAUAUUACAUAAAUAUACACAUAGACUUAAAAAAAAUAAUUAGGUGUAUAUUUAUGGAUGUGUGUUUUUAUUUUUGUGUGUAUAUAUGUGUGUGUGUGUAUAUAUGUGUGUGUGUAUAUAUAUGUGUGUGUGUGUGUGUGUGUGUAUAUAUAUAUAUAUAUAUAUAUAUAUAUAUGUGUGUGUGUGAUAUAUAUAUAUAUAUAUAUAUAUAUAUAUAUAUAUAUAUAUAUAUAUAUAUGUGUGUGUGUGUAUAUGUAUGUAUUUCCUGGCUAAUCAUGGCAGCAUAUACACAUGGGUUAGCUCCUCCCCUACAGCCGAUAGGACAGGAAAACCACCAAGGUUUUAAAAGGAGGCUCCAUCCCUAAGGUCCUCAGUCUUUUUCCUGUCCUACAGCCCUUAGGACGUGAGCAAUUUGCUCCCUUUACUUACGGACAUGUAUGUUGUUUUAUUUUCAUUACUUUAUUUGCUGUUUUACUGUAGUACAUUAUGCAGUUGUGCUUUUAUGCUGUGAUGCAUUUAAGCUUUGAUAUCUUUAACCCCUUAAGGACCAAACUUAUGGAAUAAAAGGGAAUCAUGACAUGUCACACAUGUCAUGUGUCCUUAAGGGGUUAAACGAGUGCAUUGUACAGCUGUACCUUAUUUUUAAGAUUGUGGUACAUUAUGCGGUUGUGCUUUUGCUAGGAAGCAUUUAAGCUGUGUUGCAUUUAAGCUGUGUGGCAUUUAAAACUAUUUCAUUUAAAUUUGCAUUUAAUACUGUUGCAUGUAAUACCGCAAGUCAUUGGAAACCGCAGUGCAUUGGAAAACUGCAGUGCAUUUGAAGACUGAUAUAUUUUAAAAACUGUGUUACGUUUUGGAAACUGUUAGAUUUGAAAACUGUUACCUUUUAUACCUUGAAGCCUUUAGACUGUGGUGCCUUUAAACUUUGACUUUUUGCACGUGGUUGCCUUUUAAACUUCCUUGCAGGCACUUUUGUUAUCUAUUUUGCUUUCCCUCUUUCCCAGUGAUUUGUUCCCUGGGUGUUUAGGGGCCAUGUAGGCUUCAGACAGAGUCCUCUCCCUGGUCUCUAAACAGCAAACACACUCAGAAUAGGCCCACAUGUGUGCAGUUUGUGCCUUAUUGGGCCUAAUACAGAUGACUUGCAUUGUGGGAAUACAAGUUGUGGCAGCCAUCUUGGAUAAGGGCAAUUGCCAGAAAGUGCCUAAAAUAAAGGGAAAAUUACAGUAAACAUACCACACUUAUUUGGUAAGUAUUUGCAGGGUCUCGAGACAUGGAUAAGUGCUGUCUUUAGCCUGUUUUAAUAGCGGUUUCGCUGGUUUCUUAUAGAAUUUAACAGUGCACAUUUUUUCUUAAUACUUUACCACAGGUAAUAUUUAGUUAUUAUUAUUUGUCAGGUGUCUGAUUCUUCACCAGGAUCUGGUUAUGAGGAGAAAACAGUGGAUGGAAUCGGUUAUGUACUGACUUCCUCCAGAAGGUUGUCGCUUCAGCGUGACCUAUCACUGUGCAGCCACAUGACAUGCGGGCAGGGCUUACAAAGUAACUUCCAGAGGCCUUAGGGGUAAGAAAAGAGGCCAGGCUUUAACCUGUGGAGGAAGUUAUUUCCAACCCCAGAACUACACCACCUAAGUUGCACACUUAUGGAUCAUAGGUGGACGCAGACCUGUCCAAAAUUUUACGCCUACCAUUUCAGGAAGCCAGCUAGCUGUGAUUUCCGCUGCUGUUUCUACAAACAUGAAAUAUGUGAUUAAAGAUCUAAAGGCUACUAUGGAGCGAGAUAUUAAAAGCCAAGAUUGAAGAGGCAGUCUGAAGUCUUCAGGUUACAACUGACUUCUUCACAGAAACUUCCCUAGAGGUAACUAGGAUAUCCUCUGGAUCAAAUGGCUUUAUCUAUAGCAGCUAAGAAAGCAUUAUGGUUCUGUUUCUGGGAUGAUGACUCAUCCUCCAAGUCUGCCCUCUACACCAUCCUAUUUGAAGGGGUGGUGCUGUUUGGGAAAACUUUGGAUAAUUCCAUUGAAAAGGCGAAUGAGGGCUGCAAGAUAUUGGUACCUUAGGAUGGAAGUUCCAAGGAUCCCAGCUCCUCAUAGUCUGACCGGAGAACCUCCAGUGACCAGUAUUUCUGAGAUACAGGUAGUUACUGGCCCUGCAGGGAAUACUCCAGAGGUAACUCAUGGCAGUUGGUAAACCUGCCUUUCAAGGUUCUAAUGGAGCUAGAACGCAUUUGUUUUGCUCUUCAGCAAUGAAAAUAUCUUCUCCAGUAAUAGGAGCAUAAUUUUUCUGAUCACACAUACCUGGGCUCGUCAUACUCUGGAGGCUUGAAUGGUAUCCAUGGUCCAGAUUGAUAUAGACUGGAGUUUUUUCUUAACGGGCACAGGAGUCUCCAUACCAACAGUAUUAAGACCAAUGAAUCCAAAGGUAAAGCACUGAAGGAAGAAGCCUUCUGGACGAAGAGGUGAUUUUUUUUUUUUUUAGGUCCCAGAACAAGAGCAGUUCCAGGGACAAGUUUCGCCUCUCUUCUGGUGCUAAGAGGAAAAGCACAUGAAAGCCUACACUGGACCUAAGAGGGGCCAACAAGAAGCUGAAUGUUAGAGUCUUUGGGAUGGAGUCAAUCAGAUCCAUAUAUCAAGCAAUCUGGAAGGAUAAUUUCCUUACCUCUAUAUAUCUCAAGGAUGCUUACUUUCAGUCCAAUCUGCAGAGAUCUUCGGCAUUAGCUCAGAAGAGAACUUCCAUGUUAGUGCCCUUCCAUUUGGCCUCAAUGCGGCCCCAAGAAUCUUUCUAUGUGCUUAUAAUGUUAUUGAGAGUCCAGAACUCCACCUGGUUCCAUUAUCUGGAGGAUCUACUUCUGAUAGCCUUAGACCCUCAGAAGGCAGGCACACAUAGGUAUAUAGUUCUUUCAUAACUCCUAAAGUUUGGCUGCUUGAUGAAUAUCAAGAAAA